GAGUCUUAAAUAAGCUCACAGUAGACAACAAGGACAGACUUAUCGACCAAUUGCUGGAAGUCGGCCUCUUUAACAUUGAAAUCCUACAAGGCUUGGUACAUCUGAUCUUUGCCAAAGCAUGCGACGAACCACACUUCAGUCCGCUUUAUGCGGACAUUUGCGUCGAGCUCGCGAAGAAGGUUCCCAACUUCGAUGUUUCCGAUAGAUCCGGGCCGACCUUCAAGCGAUUGAUUGUGAAGCGAUGCGAGGAGAAGUUCUCGCGGCGGGCGGGCAAUCUGAGUGAAUUCGCAAAGAAAAAGGCCAAUGGCGCACUCAGCGCUCAGGAUGAGGAACGCCUGUUCUUGGUCAAGCGCAAGAUGCUGGGCAACAUCAAGUUCAUUGGCGAACUGGGCAAGCAGCGUAUGAUCUCAGAGAAAAUCUUACAUCAGUGCAUCACGCAGCUCUUGGCCAAGAUGCAGCCACCAAACAUCGACAUCGAUGAUGUGGAGUGUUUGUGCAAAUUGUUCGAGACAGUGGGGCUGAUGCUGGACCAUGAGAAGGCGGGCGAGUACAUGGACACGUACUUCAAGAUCAUUCAAGACCUCUCCAUGCAGAAGGGUCUCCCCGCACGCAUCACGUUCAUGUUGCAGGAUGUGGCGGAUCUGCGCGCAAACAAAUGGCAACCCCGCAGGACCACCCAGGGCAUGAAGACCAUCAAGGACUUCCGCAAGCAGCACGGAUGGGUGGAAACCAAGAACCCCAACAGCAAGGUUCGGUUUGAGAAAACUCCACAACAUCAAAAUAAGCCAGGCAUGAACCAGCGCGGUGGCCAUGGGGGAGGCAUGUAUGCGGGAGGCUUGGGAGGGGUCUAUGGUGGGAUGCCGCCCAACAGUCAGAACCGUCACCCCGGCAGUCAGUUCCCCAACGGACCUUUGAUGUCACAUAACAUGAAUGUGCACAACCAGAACAACAACCACGACAACGGCUCCAUGUUCCGGUCCAAAGUACCGUUGCUAUCCUCGCCAUUAAUGGAAAAUGGGCAGAAUCAGAGAGGCUUCAGUGGAGGCUUUAUGAACCAGAACCACCAAGGUAACCAUGGCAACUACAGUCAAGGUAAUCAUGGCAACUACUCUGGCAACGGUUAUGGGGGCGGAACUCAGCAUACACACGGCGCAGACGACCUGGAGCAAUUGCGCAAUCUGAAACUCCGGAAAGACACCGCUGCCAAGCAAACGAGUUUCCGGCCGCAGAACAUGCAACUGCCACAAGCCUCACAGCCCACGACACAACAGAAGAAUGUGAUGCGUCCAGCUAUGAGUGAACAGAAAGGACUGCCCACCACCCAGGGCGCUCGCUUUGUGGCCCCAGUGAAGGUUGUGGUGCCGAAGAAGCAGAAGAGCAGGAUUGAUCUUGAGCGCGCAACGCGGCGGGUAUACGAGGAGUAUGUGCACAACCCAGACAUGGUCGAAGCACAACAGAGUAUCAAAGACAUGGACUCGCCCGACUUCCUCACGGACUACGUCACCAUCACACUGACCCUGGCAUUUGAAGACACGGAAAUCAACCAGAACAAGGCCUUUACCAUGCUCAAGGGCUUGCACGCGGCUGAGUGCAUCUCGUCUGACAAUGUUAGCGCUGCCUUCAAAACGGUGCUGGAUUCCAUCGAGGACCUGCGCUUGGAUGCUCCCAAAAUCGAUCGGCUCAUGGCGAAUCUGAGCGUGCAACUGCUGCAGGCGAAUAUUAUGACCUUCGCGGAGUUACUAAAGAUGCUGAAAGACGCGUCCUGCUACGAGGUGUUCUGGUUUGCGGUGCAGAUGCUCGCUAAAAAACACCCCAUCCAAACCUUCGUGGCCACACCGGCUACGGAGAGUGCGACUGAAGGGGAGGAUAAAUCCAAAUUCGUUAAACGUGAACUCGUGACGGAGCAUGUGAGUGAAGCGGAGGCUCAGCAGCGUGUGCGCACGCUGAUCAAGGACAGUGCACUGGAUGUGAAGACCAUGAUGCCCAACAGCAAGUGUAAGGAGACCGACUACUUCGCCCUUCUCAAGGCAAAGGACCUUGGAUUCCUCGAACCAUUGUUGGAAUUCGAGACGCGAUUUGCCGAUGCGGCGAAGACACAGUCGCCGGAUGAGCUGACGCAAUGGCUCAGUAACAGCGACAACAUUCCAGCGGAUGUGAAGAAGUCCGACGCCUUUGUCAUCACUGUGUUCUCGACAUUAUUGGACCACAUCUGCACACAGAGCACCUUUGUGGCGGUUCUGCCGAAGAAGGACAUGCAGGGCAGGGAGUUACAACAGUUUCGAAAGUAUGCGCCGGUGCUGAAACAUAUCGUUGAAGAUUCGGAGAAGAAUCAGAUGCUGGGCUUAUACGCUGUGCAAGUGUUCUGCUAUGAGAAUAAGCACAGACUGGGUGACUUCAUGCAGCGAUGCUUCAUGUGCCUCUACCGACUGGACGUGUGCGAUGGAGAAGUCUUCAUGAUUUGGAAAGAGGACAUCAAUGAUCAAUAUGAAGGCAAGGGUAACUCGCUCUUCCAGGUCAACGCGUGGCUCAAUUGGCUGGAGGACGAAAUGAAUGAAUCGUCAGAUGAAGAGGAGGAUUAGAUAUUCGCGCCCACUUAUUGCAGUACCCGUUUCAUAGCUAUGUCACUGUCAAAACCUUAUUAAAGCUUAGCACUAGUAUUACCGAACCUUCAAGAUGAAUGCCACUUUUUCUCAAUAAUUUUUUUUUGAGGGGGGUGGGAGAAGGUAUUAAGGAAUGAUUUGAUAGAACUAUUGAGAUAUUAAGGGAUGUUGUGCUAACACAGUAUUUG